CGAUUCUUCUUCUUCCGCAUUUUUCUUCUUCUUCUCGAUUCCGACCCAACAUCGUCGCCGUCACGAUUCUGCUCCGAUUCAGCUCCGAUUAUCGAAUUGAGUUCUGAUUACUCAAACCCACCAUUUGUUUCUUCGUAAUCGCUAUCAAAGUUCUCUCCUUUAUUCCUUUCUAAUUCAAGACCCUGAAUCUCACCUAUCAAUCUCCGUCUUCUUCGGAAAAUUCCAAGACUUGGGUCUCGCAAAGAUACUUAUUCCGACGAAGAAACUCGUCAAAAGAUCCAAUUUUGGUAACAAAAGUCUUGAUUUUUUUAUCGGAUGGACGUAAUUAGGGUUUGCGCGGAGGUUCCGAAAUCGACAUCUCUCACGGAGUCUACAUCUCGGACGGAGACCAUUAAUGGGUCCCACGAGUUCAAGAUCAGCGGAUACUCUUUAGCGAAAGGGAUGGGGAUAGGCAAAUACGUGGCGUCGGAUACGUUCAUGGUUGGUGGAUACUCGUGGGCGGUUUACUUUUAUCCAGAUGGGAAGAGUCCUGAGGAUAAUUCUCUGUACGUGUCUCUCUUUAUUGCGCUCGCUAGCGAAGGAGCUGAUGUUAGGGCUUUGUUUGAGUUGACGUUAGUUGAUCAGAGUGGUAAUGAAAGGCAUAAGGUUCAUAGUCAUUUCGGUAGGACUCCUGAGAGUGGUCCUUAUAGUCUUAAGUACAGAGGAAGUAUGUGGGGUUAUAAGCGGUUUUUCAAGAGGACGCUGCUUGAGUCAUCUGAUUAUCUGAAGGAUAAUUGUCUGUUGGUUCGGUGUUGUGUUGGUGUGGUGAAGUCACACACAGAGGGACCGAGGAGUUAUAAUAUCCCUGUGCCGGUUUCUGACUUGGGUUAUCAGUUUGGGAAGCUUUUGGAAAGUGGGAGAGGAGCUGAUGUUACUUUACGUGUUGAUGGAGAAACGUUUCUUGCUCAUAAAGUGGUUCUUGCAGCUCGGUCUCGUGUUUUUAGAGCGCAACUUUUUGGACCGUUGAGAAACCAUGAUACCAAACGCAUAGACAUAGAUGACAUGGAAGCUCCCAUUUUCAAGGUACUUUCUAUUUGCAUAUCUCUCUGGUUCAUUCUAGAAAUCUCUGCAUUGUUUUGUUAUGUUGAUACAAUUUUUUUUGUUUUCCUUUUUGUUAUGUUGUGCUUGGGUUUGCAGGUGUUCCUCCAUUUUAUCUACUGGGAUGAAUUGCCUGAUAUGGAAGAUUUAAUGGGUGGCACAGACUUGAAAUGGGCAUCGACACUUGUGGCUCAGCAUCUGCUUGCGGCUGCAGACCGUUAUGCUCUUGAGAGGCUUAAAACAAUCUGCGAGUCAAAACUCUGUGAAGGAAUCAGUAUAAAUACGGUUGCAACCACCUUGGCUUUGGCAGAGCAGCAUCAUUGUUUCCAGCUCAAAGCUGCAUGCCUCAAAUUCAUAGCUUUGCCAGCAAACCUGAAAGCUGUGAUGGAAACGGAUGGGUUUGAUUAUUUGAAGGAAAGCUGUCCAUGCUUACUAAGUGAGCUUCUGGAGUAUGUGGCUAGGCUGAGUGAGCAUUCUUUAGCAUCAUCUGGGAAUCGGAAAGAGUUUUAUCCUGAUGGUUGUGAUCUGAAUGGGAGACGAGUGAAGCAGAGGCUACACUAA